CAACUUUUGUAUAGGCCUCAAUGACAACACCACUUCUUUCACCCACUAUUUUUAAUGGCUUUCUCUCCUCUAACCAUAACCUCACAGCCUCAAAAAACAACGUUUGCCAACGUUUUGGUGGAGCUCUGCAUCUAAGAUUGUCCACUCCAAGAACCAGCAAGCACUUGCAAAGCAAUUUCAGAAGUGCUUGGAAGUUAAUCGUCCGGUGCAAAUGUUUUGAGCCGGGACUUUCAUUGCCUCCUGGACCUCCUAACAAUUCAAAUAAUUCCAAUUUACAUGGCUGGAUUUUGGGAAUUCUGAUCUCAGUAAUACUCCCACUUUUGUAUCGGAAACGUGGGACGUUAAUGCAAGUCAAAAAUAUGGCAGAAAAAGCUUUGUACACGGUAGAAGAAACAGUGGAGAGAAUCGAGAGAGCGGCGGAGGUGGUGGACAAGGUGGCAGAAAACGUCGCCGACGAUCUACCGGCGGGGAAAUUCAGAGCAACGGUACGGUCUAUUGAAAAUGUGGCAGAAAAGGUUGAUAAGAGUGCUGAAGCAUUAGGAGAUUUCAUUGAUAAGGUUCAAGAAGCUAAUGAUAAAGUGAAAUUGUCGGAAGAAAUAGAGGAGAAAAAGGCGGAGAAGAAGGAGGAUAAACCUUCCAAAGUGAAAAAAGAUUAAAGUUUAAAUAUAUAGAAUAAGUGUUGUAUGAGAUUGUUUCAUUUAUAAUACUUUUUACAUUUUUUAUGUAUAUUUUUUGUGAUUCAUGCUGUAAUAUUUUUA